AACAAAUAUAUAAAAUAAAUAAACAAAAAAGAAAGACAACGACGAGAGCAGAGCAAAAGCUAGAGUCAGAAAUCUGGAGCACAGAUCAAACACCACCGUUAACCCAUUUCCCGUCUACAUUACCAUCCCCAUUUGGAGACCCGCAGCCGCGCUGAACUCCUAGGCCCCAUGGCUGCAGCCCUCGAGUGCUGGUCCAGCCGAGCCACCACAACCACCGAUGACGACAUGGUCGAGCAGGUUCUGAUGCGCUCCAACGACCGAUCCGAGGACACCUCUUCCUCCUCUGCUGCUUCGGCCAAGCUAGAAGCGCCAUCCGCCAAGAACAAACGGUUCCAGAGGUUGAGCAGGAACGUCUCCGAGGCCAUCGCAUCUCUCAAGAACUCUCUCAAUAUCGACACAUCUUCCCCGCGUGAUCAGCCUCCUACUGUUUCUUUCGUCCCCUCUGCUUCCUCCAAGGCCGAUACUUGCCGGAAAGUGGUCUGGGGUACCGUUGUACGGAACUUGACUCAGCUUUAUCCUGGAAGUCAGUUGCCUGAGAAGCUUGUCUCCAAUAUCCGCAAGCAUUAUGAUUCCUUGCCUCUCAGUUAUGCACAAGCGGGAUUUGAUAUGAAAGAAGUAUUUCUACAUGUAAAAUUGAUAGAGCAAGCAUCAGGGGAUGACCAUCCUGCUAUAUUUAUUCAGCAAACAUCUGAUGAUGAUGUACAAGGUUCGGUGUUUAAGCUCACAUUUGCUUGCAAUUCUUCCUUUUCAUGGUCUACCAUGUCUGGUGCUCUUGAUACUGCCUCCAUCUGUUGCAAGAAGAUGCAGAUAUUCGAGAAGAAAGGGUUCACCCUUGGAAUUAUUCUCUUCUUGGUUCAGAAUACCCAAGACAAGUCUUUUAAAUCCCACAUCGAGAAUGCCCUCAAAUCUGCUCUCAGGAAGCCCAAGACGACCACUGUGAAGCUACCCUUUGGACUUUGUGGUUGUCAGGAGGAGAGUACUAAAGGGAGGGACUUUGGGGAAAUUGAGGAAGACCCAAUUGAGAAAACUCAAAGAAGUGGGGUUGAAAAUCUGAAUACCAGAAUUCAGCUUCCAAUGCCUCUGCCCUCCUCGUCGUUUGUUGUAUCGGUUGAUGAAUGGCAAACUGUCCAAUCAGGGGCAGAAGAGAUAGGGAAAUGGCUAUUGAACACCGACAGUCUUGAGUUUAUUGAUCAGAUUGCUCCCAGCUCUUUUAAAGGUUUCUACAAGGGUAAACGUGUUGGAAUCGAAAAGCUCAAAGGAUGUGACAAGGGGAAUUCUUAUGAUUUUGAACUUCGAAAAGAUCUCUUAGAGCUUAUGACUUGUGGGCAUAGGAACAUUUUGCAAUUCUAUGGUGUUUGUGUUGAUGAAAAUAAUGGCUUGUGCGUUGUUACCAAGUCGAUGGAAGGUGGGUCAGUCCAUGAUUUGAUGCUAAAGAACAAGAAGCUUCAGAUUAAGGAUAUAAUGAGAAUUGCUGCUGAUGUAGCAGGAGGAGUCAAGUUUAUGAACGAUCAUGGUGUUGCAUACAAAGACCUUAACACACAGAGGAUUCUGCUAGAUAAGCAUGGGAAUGCAUGCUUGGCAGACAUGGGUAUAGUCACUGCUUGUAAGAGUGUUAGUGAAGCAAUGGAGUAUGAAACCGAUGGUUACCGUUGGCUUGCUCCCGAGAUCAUUGCUGGGGACCCAGAGAAUGUUACCGAGACAUGGAUGAGUAAUUCCUAUAGUUUUGGGAUGGUGAUUUGGGAGAUGGUGACAGGUGAGGCAGCCUAUUCCGCAUGUUCACCGGUACAAGCAGCAGUAGGAAUAGCUGCAUGCGGCCUAAGGCCCGAUAUCCCUAAGGACUGCCCCCAAAUCCUCAAAUCUCUGAUGACCAAGUGCUGGAAUAGUUGUCCAACAAAGCGACCGCAAUUUUCCGAAAUUUUAUCUCUGUUGUUGUGGACCAAUUACAGGUAAAAUAUACCCCAACCCCCACAA